UACUACUCUUCCAUUAGAGAAGAGAGAGAAUCGGGAAGCUUCAUUUUUGAAUUUGACCUCGAUUGUUUAUAUCGUUAUUCUUUCUUGCUGAAGCUUUGGACAAGCUAGGAUUUUCAAACUUGAUCACCUUCGCGCGCAUUUCGGUCCAUUUGUGUCUGUUUCUCUAUUAGUAAAAAUAAACCAAUUCUGGGUGUUUGGAUUCUCAGAAACUGGUUUGGGCAUUCCUCACUGCGGAUUUUGGAUGCAAUUUGUGAGACACAGAUUCUGGAGCUUAAAGACGAAGCUACAUUGGAUUAGUUUCUCAAUCUUAAAGAGGAGGAGAAGAUUAAAGUGGCAUCUGAUGCGUUUCAAGACUUCGAAUCUUUGGAAUAUUGAUUAAAUCAAUUUGACUUGAAGACAUCAAAAGAAAUGGUGGAACAACGUGGAGAACAAGUUGACGAUAUUGAUAGCUACUCCACAGAAGACUGGUUCUUGCAAGCACAAGAACUCGUGCCCAUUGCUGUUAACAAAGCAAAAGAGGUUAAGGGCUUUCCUGGUAGAUGGAAAGUGAUUGUUUCAAAGAUAGAACAGAUCCCAUCAUGCUUAUCAGACUUGUCUAGCCAUCCUUGCUUCUCCAAGAAUGCUCUUUGUAAGGAGCAAUUGCAGGCAGUGUCAGAGACCCUUGAGCAAGCCAUUGAUUUAACUGAGCUAUGCAGGAAGGAGAGGUAUGAAGGUAAGCUUCGAAUGCAAAGUGAUCUCGAUGCUUUAUCCGGUAAAUUGGAUUUGAAUUUACGAGAUUGUAAGCUGUUGAUCAAGACUGGUGUCCUUGGUGAGUCUACUUUUCCAUUGAAUGUGUCUGAUACUGUGAAACAAGGCAACGAUGUGAGGGAAUUGUUUGCGCGGCUUCAGAUUGGUGACUUAGAGGCAAAGCACAGAGCUAUAGACAGUCUUGUUGAAGCAAUGAAGGAAGAAGAAAAGAGUGUUAUGUCUGUUCUAGGAAGAAGCCAAAUUGCUUCUUUAGUUCAAAUGUUAAUGGCUACAUCUCCUAGGAUAAGGGAAAAAGCGGUUACUGUAAUAUGCUCUCUUGCAGAAUCAGGGAACUGUGAGAAUUGGCUUCUCUAUGAAGGAGUUUUGCCGCCUCUUAUCCGGCUUGUUGAAUCUGGUGGGUCUCUUGGGAAAGAGAAGGCUGCAAUAUGUCUUCAGAGGCUGUCCAUGUCGGAAGAAUCAACCCGAGAAAUCGUAGGACAUGGCGGGGUUAGACCACUGAUUGAGCUAUGCGAAAAUGGUGAUGCUGUGUCCCAAUCUGCUGCUGCCUGUUCUUUGAAGAACAUAUCAGCUGUUCCUGAAGUGAGACAAGCUUUAGCCCAAGAAGGCAUUGUGAAGACCAUGAUCAAUCUCCUUGAUCAUGGAAUUUUACUAGGUUCAAAAGAGUAUGCUUCAGAGUGCUUACAGAAUCUCACAUCAAGCAAUGUCAAUCUAAGAAGGUCUGUUAUAUCAGAAGGUGGUGCUAAGAGCCUUCUUGCUUAUCUUGAUGGUCCUCUCCCACAAGAGUCAGCUGUAACAGCAUUGAGGAAUCUAGUUGGAUCAAUCGGCGAGCGAGAUUUAAUCUCAUUAGGCCUCCUUCCACGUUUGAUCCAUGUGAUAAACUCCGGAUCUUCUGGAGCUCAGCAGGCUGCUGUGACGGCAAUAUGCCGCGUUUUGAUCUCAUCAGAAAUGAAGAAAAUGGUGGCUGAAGCUGGAUUCAUCCCACUGCUCAUAAAAAUGCUGGAAGCUAAAUCAAACAGCGCGAGAGAAGUGGCAGCGCAGGCGAUCGCGAGCUUGAUGACAGUAACACAAAACCGUAGGGAGGUGAGAAGGAAUGAUAAAAGUGUGCCAAAUCUGGUUCAGUUGCUUGAUCCAAGCCCGCACAAUGCUGCAAAGAAAUAUGCAAUUUCAUGCCUAUGUUCACUUUCUUCGAGCAGGAAAUGUAAGAAGCUGAUGAUUGCUUAUGGAGCAAUUGGAUAUCUGAAGAAGCUUAAAGAGAUGGAUAUUCCAGGAGCUAAAAUGCUACUUGACAGAUUGGAAAGAGGGAAAUUGAGAAGCUUAUUUAUUAGAAAAUGAGCUUUCAUUAUCAGCAAGGUUAUCUUUUGUUUCUUUGUUCAUGUGAAUGAUGUUUGUAUGGUUGUUUCAUUAUCUAUAUGAAACACAGCAGCUUCAGACCGUUUAUUAUACAAUCAAUGUUAAUAUUAUAAAACAACAACAACAACAAGCCUUUAUCCCACUAGGUGGGGUCGGCUACAUAGAUUGCAAGACGCCAUUGUGCUCUAUCAUUUAUUAAGCUUUUAGAAA